CUUGUGUGAGCAGCGCCUCUCACUUCCCUUUAUUGGAAGUUGUUCAACUCAGCCCCGUCAGGAAAUGUGCCAAGAAAUCUUGUCUUAUGCAGAGCGUCAGAGUGGCUGAAAACAUCAUGUCUGAGAAAUCAAAGGGGACUUUAAUGAAAUGUAUCCUGUCUUUAUCCACACACAAGGACAAUGACAGCAGCCGGAUGGGUCAUCUUGCUGUCUGUCACAUUCACCGUGGCACAAAAACUCAGUGGGGAGGCAGACACCUACCAUGUGAGUGCUGGUUACCUCUUUGUGCUGCGGUGCCCGCCUGAAGACAAACACACCAACGUGACGUGGAGCCGAGGGGGGGGGCACAACCUGAGCCUCCCGUCCGGAGUGGAGGUCAUCGACGGGUUACUCUGGUUCCUACCUGUGCAGAUGUCUCAUAAUGGAUCGUAUACCUGUGAGAAAUGGGGUGAGGCUGGUGUGACCAUCGGGCUGUCAGUGUCCAGUGAAAAGUGUCCUGAAGUUCCUGAGACCAUAGUCAUCACUGCGGGAGUCAAUGAUGGUGUUCCCUGCAAACAGACAGAGAUUUUCAAUCUGAAAACCACAACGAAUACACGAUGGCUGAAGGACUGCAAACCACUGCGGGGGAGCAUCUCUGUAGAGGAGCGUGGCUUAAUGAGACUGAAUGGAUCCUCAGAGAGCGAUGCUGGGAAUUAUACCUGCAUGGUAGACGUCACCUUCAACGGCAGGAAGUUCACGGCGGCACGCAGCAUACGGUUGACUUUCACAACGAUUGGAACGGUGAUUAGAACCAAGCCUAAGGUGAUUUACCCUCAACAGGAAGUGGUCGUGGUUAAAGAGGGUAUGGCAGCGGAGGUGAAAUGUAAAGCCUACAUCGGCAUUAGUGAGGAGAACGACACCUACAUGUAUUGGACUAUCGACAACGUUUCGACUGACGAUUUUACGCAGCUCAGUGAUUCCUGGGAAUCUUUUCAGGAGGGUGACAGAGUGUACUACGGUUUGUCCACCCUGUCCAUCUCAGAAGUUCACCGUCAGUUCAUCAACGUCCCCAUUUCCUGCUGCGUACGGACCACUCUUGAACGUACAUGUGGUAUGGCGUGGCUUCAAGAAGCGGACCACAGUGCGCUCUACACCAGCGUCUCUCUCUGCAUCUCAGCCUCCCUCGCUGUCGCUGCCUUCCUCUUCUUUAAAGUAGAUCUGGUGUUGGCCUACAGGAAACUCUUGAGACAUUUCUCCAAACAACAAAUUUCAGAUGGGAAGCUUUACGACGCCUAUGUGAGUUUCCUCCAUCCAGACACGCUCACUUCAGAUGUGACGGCAAACUUCGCCCUGCAGAUCCUGCCGAAGGAGAUGGAGAAACACGGCUACUCGCUGUUCAUCAGAGGACGAGACGACUGCCCUGGAGAAGCGGUGCAUGACGUCAUCGCUGCUAUGGUGCGCCGAUGCCACAGGUUGAUUAUCGUCCUGUCACCAGAGAUAAGAUCCUCCACUCAGGGCGAAACGGAGGAAGUGGAAACCCUGUGUGACAACCAAACUCAGCUGUGUUAUGAGCAGAAAAUCGGCGUCCACGACGCUCUAACCCGCAACGAGCCCCGAGUCAUUCUGGUGGAAAUCGGCUCGGUGGAUUACAGGUGCCUUCCGGAGUCUCUGCGCUACAUCAAGAGGAAACAAGGAGCUUUGAAGUGGAAGAAACCCUCCCUCAAAACCAACAAAUGUAUCAAGUCUCGCUCAAACAGAAACUUCUGGAAGAGUCUGAGGUACAACAUGCCCUCAGUGCCUUCAGGGAAACUCCACACCAUUGUUUAAAUGAAGUGAGGCCUGUUUCCUGGGAAUACUUCUUUUGACGAAGAAGGCAUCCUGGAUCGGUUUGUUAUUGUCAUAUGAGUCAUGUAAACAAAGAAGACUGACAGCCUGGCUCGUUGCACACUGAAUGCAACCCAGAGAGACAUCUGCUGGAUUUCAUCCUGGAUUCAAACUCCUUAAACAAAUCUGCUCAACAUGUUACAGACUUUCAGCUAUGUUCACAUUACUCAACAGAUCAAAGGGUGUACCAGUGUAAUGUACUAUUAUAUUUAUAUGAUGCGUGUUUUGUAUAUUUUCAAGUAAUUAGACAGUCUUUAUUUAAAAAUGUCCUUGUACCUGGACAUGGGCUUAAUGAAGAAGAAGAAAGGCACCUUCCAAGAUGAUUAGAAAGAAAUGUGAAAAGCAUGUGUGAACAGUAACAAUGAAGGAACACUUUUAUGAAGAUCAACAAUUUCACUUGCCUUUUUUCAGCUGCCUUGUACUGCAUUAAACCUGCAACCUAAUUCUUGCCCUGAAAACACUUUAUGUAUUUAUUAUCUGACAAAUGUCUCAGUGUUUAUUAAAACAAAAGUCAAAGUCAUUA